CAGGACCGAGGCAUGAAGGUCGCUGUGUUGGACCUGGGAUCUCUCUUUGCCAAGAUCUUCAAGACCUCAGCAUCCCCUGCGGUCCCCAGCCACCCUGGAGGCUCGAUGGCUCCAGGAUCAGUGUCCUCCACAUCGCAUAGCAGGGCUGAGACCCCAACUUUGCUCCCAUCGCUGCCUCCAGACACUACAGCUUCACGGGAGCCCUCCACUCCUCUGCACCCUGCCUUGCACCUCAGAAGCUCCUCAGCCACCCGCAGGGUGGAAGCAGCAGGGUGCCCGGGGUCUCUGCCCAACAGCUCUGGAGCAUCCAGAGUACCACCCCUGGCCUCCUGUAGCAGCUCUGCAGGCUCCGGCUCCUUGACAUCAGUGGCUUUGCCCACCCCAAGUACUGUCUGGGCGACCCUGCCCUCUGUCACCAAACCCGUGGGCAGCAAUGGCAGUGCAACCUCUAGUCCAAGGAACCCUCACCAGUCGCCAGGUCCUGGAGAGCGAGAACCCAGUUCGUGGAUGGCUCCAGGGCCUGUCCCCAAAACACUAUUCUUCACCCUGCCUGACAUCGGGGGAGGAGUGGGCCUCUGGCAGUGACUCCCAGGAUGACCC